AUGAUGUUUACUUUCACAGCCCUGCUCUGUCUGGGACUGACUCUAUGCCCUGGGACCACAGUGCUGACUGGGACCCUCCCUAAGCCUGUACUCAGAGCACAACCAGAACUUGUGGUCUCCAAACAGACUAAUGUGACCUUCUUGUGUGAGGGUACAACAGGAGCCAAAGAGUACUUUAUCUACAAAGAAGGAAGUCAAUAUACACAGUUCACAGAGAUUGUUCUAAAGUCUGGGAACAAGGCUGAAUUCUCCAUCACUAAAACUGACCAGCACCAUGCAGGAAGAUAUCAAUGUCGCUAUCGGACCCAUCAUGAAUGGUCUGAGUACAGUGACUCCUUGGAGCUUGUGGUGACAGGAGCACACAGUAAACCCAGCCUGUCAGCGAGGCCCAGCCCUGUGGUGACUGAAGGAGGGAAUGUCACCCUCCAAUGUGACUCAUGGCAGCAAUGUGACAGGUUCAUUCUGCCCAGGAGGUUCAGGAGAGAGUUUAACAUUCUGAUACUUUGUAUCAACCUAAUUGCCAUCUACAAGUGGGACCUUCUCUGUGCCACUUUCAACCAGAACCACCUCCUUCUCUCCUGCUUCCUUACAGGGACCCUCCACAAACCCACCAUCAAGGCUGAGCCAGGCUCUGUGAUUGCCUCUAGAAGUGCAGUGACCAUCUGGUGUCAGGGGACCCUGGAUACAGAAAUAUGUGUUCUGCAUAAAGAGGGGAGCCCGGAAUCCUGGGGCACACAGACCCCAGAGAAGCCUGAGAACAAGGCCAAGUUCUCCAUCCCUUCUGUGACACAGCAACAUGGGGGACAAUAUCGCUGUUACUGUUACAGUUCAGCUGGCUGGUCAGAGCGCAGUGACAUCCUUGAGAUUGUGGUGACAGGAAUCCACACAUACAAACCAAGCCUGUUAGCUCUGCCAGGCCCUGUGGCAACCUCAGGCGAAAACAUGACUCUCCAAUGUGUUUCAUUGGAGGCAUAUGGCAAGUUUAUUCUCUCCAAAGAAGAUGAGAAGUUCUCCAUCUCCCUGGAUUCACAGUAUAUACACCAUAAUGGGCACUACCAAGCCAUGUUCUCUAUAGGUCCCGUGACCCCAGUACACAGAGGGACAUUCAGAUGUUAUGGUUACUACACGGUUACCCCACAGUUCUGGUCACUACCCAGUGACCCUCUGGAAAUACACGUCUCAGGGCUGUCCAAGACACUCUCCCUCUUAAGUCACCAAGGCCAUAUCCUGGACCCUGGAAAGAGUCUCACACUGCAGUGUUGCUCUGACAUCAACUAUGACAGAUUUGCUCUGUACAAGGUGGGCACAAUUAACUUCACCCAGCAUCAUCACAAAUGGACCCAGGCUGGUCUCUCCUUGGCCAACUUCACACUGGGCUCUGUGAACAGUUCUACUGGAGGCCAAUACAUAUGCUAUGGUGCACACAACCUCUCCUCUGAGUGGUCAGCCUCCAGUGACACCUUGGACAUUCUGAUCUCAGGACAGCUUCCCUUCACUCCUUUCCUCUCAGUGAAGCCUAACUCUACAGUACAUCCAGGAGAUAAUGUGACCCUUCUGUGUUGGUCAAGGGAAAGUGUGAAUACUUUCAUUCUGUACAAGGAGGAGGCAGUUUAUCAACCCCAGCGACUAAAAUCAAAGUUCCAAGAUCAACACUUCCAGGCAGAAUUCUCUGUGAGUGCUGUGACCUCUGCCAUUUCGGGAAGCUACAGGUGCUAUGGUUCUCGAAACUCAUCACCAUUCCUGUUGUCAUAUGCCAGUGCCCCCGUGGAGCUCAUAGUCUCAGGAUCCAUUGGAGCCUCCAGCCCACCACCCUCAAGGCCCAUGACAUCAGCUGGCAAGUAUCAGGGACAUCAGUGUAGGGAGUAA